AUGCUUAACGCGAUGCUGCGCCGGCCUUGUGCGGACGGCGCCGCAGUGAAGUCAAUGGGGUCAUUACCAGGUCGAAUUCAUACACGGAAGGCAUUAAUUACCUUACACCAACCCCUAUCCCGAUCCUUGCACACUCGUCGGCGACCGGCCCCCCAAUGGCGAGCCUUGGUGCCGGGCUCGAUACCGAUCCGAUCCAAAUCAGAGAUCGCAGCUAAAAUGGAACCAUUGAAACAAUCCCGUGCUUUGACUGCUAUACGCAAGGUCUUUACAUACUGCGGGUUCUUCAUCAUCUCUACCGGCGCUGUGGUAGUCGCCUUCUUCCUCUACGAUGCUAGUACGUACCGCGAAGGUGCAAGUGGGACGGAUAUUCCGGUCUCGGAAUUGGCUCUCAGUCCUGAACUCGGAGGCCCGAAGAACUUGCCCAUUGCGGAUGUGCUGGUUGGCGACUACGACUCGGAGGCUAUGCUUCGGCAGAAGGAUAAGCCUCGUCUGGUUAUCCUGGGAACAGGCUGGGGUACCAUCGCGCUCCUUAAGAACUUGAACCCUGCCGACUACCAUGUUACUGUUGUUUCCCCUACUAACUAUUUCCUGUUUACUCCCAUGUUACCUUCUGGUACGGUUGGAACUUUGGGUCUUCGGUCGCUGGUUGAGCCCGUUCGGCGCAUUAUUGACCAGAUCAAUGGUCACUUCCUCAAGGCUUCGGCGGUUGAUGUUGAUUUCUCUUCGAAGCUGGUGGAAGUAUCCCAGGUUGGCCAAGAUGGUCAGAGGAAGAACUUCUAUCUUCCAUACGACAAGCUUGUUAUCGGAGUCGGCUGUGUAACAAACCCACACGGUGUGAAAGGCCUUGAGCACUGUAACUUCCUCAAAACAAUUGACGAUGCUCGUCAAAUCAAGAAUAAAAUUCUAGACAAUAUGGAGCUCGCGUGUCUCCCCACCACCUCUGAUGAAGAGCGCAAACGCCUGCUGUCCUUUGUGGUGUGUGGAGGUGGCCCAACCGGGGUUGAAUUCGCCGCCGAGCUGUACGAUCUCCUAAAUGAAGAUCUGCUUCAUUCUUUCCCUCGCAUUGUACGAAACGAGAUGUCUGUCCACAUCAUCCAAAGCCGAAGCCACAUCCUGAACACUUACGACGAAGCACUAUCCAAGUAUGCCGAGGGCCGAUUCACUCGCGAUGGCGUUGAGGUGUUGACCAACGCCCGUGUCAAGGAAGUGCGCGGCGAUCGGGUUCUUUUCUCCCAGGUGGAAGACGGCAAGACCGUUGUAAAAGAAAUCCCAACUGGAUUCUGCUUGUGGUCCACUGGAGUUGCUCGAGCCGAGAUUUCAGAAGUACUCUCUAACAAACUCGAAAGCCAAAACAACAAGCACGCUCUCGAAACCGACUCCCAUCUCCGUCUAAUCGGCGCUCCAUUAGGCGACGUCUACGCAAUUGGCGACUGCUCAACAGUCCAGAACAACAUCGCAGACAACAUCGUCAGGUUCCUCCGCACCGUUGCCUGGGAGAAAGGCCGUGACCCCGAGAAAGUGCAGCUCACUUUCUCCGAAUGGAAAGAAUUUGCCACUCGGGUAAAGAGACGCUUCCCGCAAGCCUCGAAUCAUCUCCGUCGCCUGGAUGUGCUCUUCGAGCAGUACGACAAGGACCACUCUGGCACCCUCGACUACGGCGAGCUGUCCGAGCUCCUCCACCAGAUUGACACCAAGCUUACGUCCCUGCCUGCCACUGCCCAACGCGCUAACCAGCAGGGCGUGUACCUGGGCCGUAAACUGACCAAGAUUGCCGCCGCCCUUCCCGGCCUCAGGGCCAACGAGAUCGACUACGGUGACCUCGACGAUGCUGUCUACAAGGCGUUUAAGUACAGGCAUCUCGGAAGCUUGGCGUACAUCAGCAACGCUGCUAUCUUUGACUUUGGUGGUAUGAGCUUCAGUGGCGGUGUCAUUGCUAUGUAUCUUUGGCGUAGUAUCUACUUUGCUGAGAGUGUCAGCUUCCGCACGCGGUGUAUGCUGGCCAUGGAUUGGGGCAAGAGAGCGCUCUUUGGAAGAGAUCUCAUGAGCUUCUAA